GCCCUUUCCUCUGCCCACUGCUCAGCAAGUGAGUUCCAGUUUGAUAAGAAAAGCUUUCGGGUGGUAGAGACUGAAAGGAAGAGGAAGAAGCUAGCCCAUUCCUGCCUAGGAGGUGGUGGGAGAAGGAAGAUGGCCAGAGCUGUGUGUCCACUUCAUGCCCUCUGGCUUCUGGAGUGGGUGCAGCUGCUCUUGGGACCCGAUGCUGUCCCUCCAGCCUGGGCCUUGAACCUGGACCCAGUGCAGCUCACCUUCUACACAGGCCCCAAUGGCAGCCACUUUGGGUUUUCACUGGACUUCUACAAGGACAGCCGUGGGAGCGUGGCCAUCGUGGUGGGCGCCCCGAGGACCCGGGGCCGCAGCCAGGAGGAGACGGGCGGCGUGUUCCUGUGCCCCUGGAGGACCGAGGGCGGCCAGUGCACCUCGCUGCCCUUCGACCUCAAUGAUGAGACCCGACACGUAGGCUUCCAAACCUUCCAAACUUUCAAGGCCGGGCAAGGACUGGGGGCGUCGGUCGUCAGCUGGAACAACAACAUUGUGGCCUGCGCCCCCUGGCAGCACUGGAACGCCCUAGAAAAGACAGAGGAGGCUGAGAAGACGCCCGUAGGUGGCUGCUUCGUGGCUCAGCUCCAAACCGGCUACCGUGCGGAGUACUCGCCCUGUCGGGCUAACAUCAUGAGCCAGGGUUACGUGACAAAUCCCUUUACCGAAGACAAGCGCUACUGCGAAGCGGGCUUCAGCUCCGCGGUCACUCAGGCUGGAGAGCUGGUGCUUGGGGCCCCUGGCGGCUAUUUUUUCUUAGGUCUCCUGGCGCGAGCUCCUAUUGCCGAUAUCGUCUCGAAUUACCGCCCAGGCACCCUCUUGUGGAACGUGCCCGCCCAGCGCUUCUCCGCAGACUACAACAACCCAGUGUACUUCGACGGCUACCGGGGGUACUCGGUGGCCGUGGGCGAGUUCGACGGGGAUAUCAACACUACAGAGUAUGUCUUAGGCGCCCCCACCUGGAGCUGGACCCUGGGAGCGGUGGAAAUUUUGAACUCGUACCACCAGACGCUGCACCGGCUGCACGGAGAGCAGAUGGCUUCGUAUUUCGGGCACUCGGUGGCCGUCACUGAUGUCAACGGGGACGGGAGGCACGACCUGCUGGUGGGCGCGCCACUGUACAUGGAGAGCCGCGCUGACCGCAAACUGGCCGAGGUGGGGCGUGUGUACUUGUUCCUGCAGCCUCGCGGUCACCACCCACUGGGCGCCCCCAGCGUUCUGCUGACGGGCACACAGCUCUACGGGAGAUUCGGCUCCGCCAUCGCGCCUCUGGGCGACCUCGACCGGGAUGGCUACAACGAUGUUGCAGUGGCCGCCCCCUAUGGGGGUCCCAGUGGUCGGGGCCAAGUGCUGGUGUUCCUGGGUCAGAGUGAGGGGCUUAGCUCACGCCCCUCCCAGAUCCUGGACAGCCCCUUCCCCACAGGCUCUGGCUUCGGCUUCUCCCUGCGAGGUGGCACAGACAUCGAUGACAACGGAUACCCAGACCUACUGGUAGGAGCUUAUGGGGCUAACCAGGUGGCUGUGUACAGAGCUCGGCCAGUGGUGAUGGCCAAUGUGCAGCUGCUGGUGCAAGAUUCACUGAAUCCUGCUGUGAAGAACUGUGUCCUGCCCCAGACCCAGACACCAGUGAGCUGCUUUAACAUCCAGAUGUGUGUAGGAGUCACUGGGCACAGCAUUCCUCGGAAGCUGCCCCUACACGCUGAGCUGCAGCUGGACCGGCAGAAGCCUCGCCAGGGCCGGCGGGUGCUACUGCUGAAUUCUCAACAGGCGGGCACCACCCUGCAUCUGGACCUGGGCGGGAGGCACAGCCCCAUCUGCCACUCCACCAUGGCCUUCCUCCGGGAUGAGGCUGACUUCCGGGACAAGCUGAGCCCCAUCGUGCUCAGCUUCAAUGUGUCCCUGCAGCCCGAGAAGGACGGAAUACCCCCCGAGCUCGUGCUUCACGGGGACACCCAUGUCCAGCAGCAGACCCGCAUCAUCCUGGACUGCGGAGAGGAUGAUCUGUGUGUGCCCCAGCUCCAGCUCACCGCCAACGUGAUGGGCGCCCCACUCCUCAUUGGAGCCGACAAUGUGCUGAAGCUACAGAUGGAUGCAGUCAAUGAGGGAGAGGGGGCCUACGAGGCCGAGCUGGUUGUGCGCCUGCCCCCAGGUGCCCACUACAUGAGGGCCAUCGGCAACAUUGAGGGCUUUGAGAGACUCAUCUGUAACCAGAAGAAAGAGAAUGAGACCAAGGUGGUGCUGUGUGAGCUGGGCAACCCGAUGAAGAGAAAUGCCAGGAUAGGAAUCACGAUGUUGGUGAGCGUGGGGGACCUGGAAGAGGCUGGGGAGCGUGUGUCCUUCUGGCUGCAGAUCAGAAGCAAGAAUAGCCAGAAUCCAAACAGCGAGGCUGUGGUGCUGGAUGUACCAGUCCGGGCAGAGGCCCACAUGGAACUGCGAGGGAACUCCUUUCCAGCCUCCUUGCUGAUGGUGGCGGGAGAAGGCAACGGGGAGAACAGCUCGGACAGCUGGGGCCCCAAAGUUGAGCACACCUAUGAGCUCCAUAACAAUGGCCCCAGCACUGUAAGUGGCCUCCACCUCAGCCUUAGCUUUCCCAGCCAGUCUCAGCCCUCUGACCUGCUCUACAUCUUGGAUAUACAGCCUCAGGGGGGGCUUCAAUGCUCCCCACAGCCGGCUCCUAACCCCCUCAAGCUGAACUGGGGGCUGCCUACCCCCAGCCCUUCCCCCAUUUACACGGGGCAUCACAAGCGGGACCGCAGACAGGCCCUCCUGCCAGGGUCCAACCAGCCCUCCAAGCUUCAGGAUCCAGUUCACCUGAGCUGCGACUCAGUGCCCUGUACAGUGGUGCAGUGUGAGCUACAGGAGAUGGCACGAGGGCAGCGGGCCAUGGUCACGGUGCUGGCCUUCCUGUGGCUGCCCAGCCUCCAGCAGAGGCCACUGGAUCAGUUCGUGCUAAAGUCAAAAGCUUGGUUCAACGUCUCCUCCCUUCCUUACUCUGUGCCCGCCCUCAGCCUGCCCAGUGGAGAAGCUGUGGUCGAGACGCAGCUGCUUCGUGUCUUGGAAGAGAGAGACAUCCCAAUCUGGUGGGUGCUGUUAGGCGUAUUGGGCGGCCUGCUGUUGCUCACGGUCCUGGUCCUGGCCAUGUGGAAGGUUGGCUUCUUCAAGCGUGUUCGGCCACCACUAGAAGAAGAUGAAGAGGAGGAGUGAAGGGGCAGCGUCGCUGUGUCCUGGGAGUGUCCUGGGAGGAAGGCGGCAGGCGUGCCCGCCCCUCCCCUUCUUCAGGGUGCACCCCCAGCUCUAGUCACCCAUGGGUUGGAGCUGUCUCCUAGAGACCCGACAUUCUGCCCUCCAGUGAGAGCUGGCCACUCCCUUCCCUGCUGGCAAAUAAAGAGGCUGAGCCCCAACCCCCA